AUGCUACUCGCAAUUCAGCCGGCGCAGCUGAAUCUUCCAUUCGACGGUCCCAGGAGACCACGGCUGAGAAAACCGCACGUAACGCAGCGAAAGCUGCGGCAACGUUCAUUCGACAGUCCCAGGAACCCGUGGCUGAGAAAACCUUCUGCUGCAAGGACGUCGGAAAGUUCUGCGCAAAAGCGCACAAGGCGGCAACGCGAUGCAUUUUCAACUUCCGCUGCUAGCGGCAUUGCUGCCACAUUAAUAGCGGGUGGCCGAACAGUGCACUCAACGUUUAAACUUCCGCUUGAGCUGAUUAAGGCAGCUGUAUGCAGUAUAGCCAAGCAAUCAGGUCUAGCGGAGGUACUCAGGCGAUGUAAGCUCAUGGUCUGGGAUGAGUGCACUCUCAGUCCCACAACUGCACUCGAGGCUGUAAACUGCUCUCUGAAGGAUAUUCGAAACUCCGAUGACCUUAUGGGAGGUAUAACUGUCCUUAUAUCUGGUGACUUUCGCCAGAACCUCCCCGUUGUACCUAAGGGGAGAAGGGCCGACGCUAUUCGAGCGUGCUUGAAAUCGUCACAACUUUUGCCCACUCUUAGACCAUUGCAUCUUACCACCAACAUGCGCGCACACCUAACUAGCGAUGUUGGGUCCGCUGAAUUUUCGAAUUCAUUGUUAGCCCUUGGCGAAGUUAUUAUUCCAGCGGACACUAAUGGAUUUGUAAACGUCCAAGGGUUGUCUACAGUGGUCCCAACGCCAGCAACACUCAGGGAAUCAGUUUUUCCUGAUCUUCAAACCAAGUACAACAAUAUUCAGUGGCUUGCUGGGCGGGCAAUUCUUGCCCCAAAAAACACCACUGUGACAACCCUUAAAAGACAGCUUCUGGAAACUGUGCCAGGGGUGUUGCACAUUUACAAAUCCAUUGACAGAACUCUAGACCCCGCUGAAAUGGCGAACUUUCCAGUGGAGUUCUUAAACAGCCUCCACCCCGCUGGUCUCCCUCCUCACAUUCUUGAACUUAAAGUGCGGAUCCCGGUUAUGUAG